GGUAAUUUGUAGUUACCACGUAAACGUAACUACAAAACCUGAAAAACAAACGAGCCUAAACCCUGAUAAACCCUAAUCCCCUUUACUCAUUCAAUACCCACAGAAAAAUGGCCCGUCAGAAUGACCAAACCGGAGAUUCUUCCGUCGAAAAUCUCCGGCGAACUCUUCGAAUCACAUCUCUUGACGACGACGAUGACGAAGACGACGAAUCUCCACCUAACAACACCACCAAUCUCAUCAAUCGUAUGGACGAAGAAGACGAAGACGAUGAAGAAGACGAAGAAGAUGAAAUGACAGUAACGAUAGGGUUUGUCGAAAAGCCCAAACAUGAUUGGUCACUUCUUCCGCAUUUAUUUCCCAGCAAAGCUGGUGGCUUUCCGGCUUGGUUGGAUCCGAUUAAUUUGCCGUCCGGUAGCUCCUCUGUUUGUGGCAUUUGUGGUGAUCCUUUGCAGUUUUUGCUUCAGGUAUAUGCACCCCUUUUUGAAAAGAAAUCAACAUUCCACCGAACUUUAUUUGUAUUCAUGUGCCCGUCUAUGAAGUGUCUUUUGCAAGAUCAACAUGAGCAGUGGAAACGCCCUUCAGAUAAUCCAUCUAGAAGUGUGAAGGUAUACCGUUGCCAGUUGCCUCGCUCCAAUCCUUUCUACUCUAGCGAACCUCCAAAACAUAAUGGGACAGACAAACCGUCCGAGGUUAAAGCUGCAUUAUGCAGUUGGUGUGGGACCUGGAAAGGAUGCAGUGUUUGUGGAAAUUGCAAAAUAGCACGUUACUGUUCUGAGAAGCAUCAGGCUGCUCACUGGUGCAAAGGUCAUAAUAAUGAAUGUCGAAAAUUGGCCAUUGAUCCUCAGAAUUCUAGUUCUUGCUCUGUUGCAAGCAACAGUAUCUGGCCACAGUUUGAGAUCGUUAAUGAGGAUGAACCUGAAAUUGACACGAUGUCUGAGAAUGGUGGUUAUGCCACUGCGUUGGCAUCAGUAAGCCAUGUGGAUGAAGGCUUAAAUUCACUCAUCGACAGUUUUGAGGCAGAUGCUGACAAAAAAAGUUGGGCUACAUUCCAGGAGCGAGUUUCAAGGUUCCCUGAGCAAGUUAUAAGGUACUGUAGGUAUGCUAGAGCCAAACCUUUAUGGCCCAUGUCAAGUGGGCGGCCGUCAAACACUGACGUUCCUAAAUGCAGCUACUGUGGUGGACCUCGCUGCUUUGAGCUUCAGAUUUUGCCACAGCUACUUUACUACUUUGGUGUCCAAAAUGAUGUGAAUUCUCUUGAUUGGUCAACCAUUGUCAUAUAUACAUGCGAAGCCUCUUGUGAUGAAGGCGUUGUUUACAAAGAGGAAUUUGCUUGGGUUCAACUUCCCUCUCAAUCCACCACAACAGUUGGAUGAUAUAUUCUUCGAUGUUCUCUGCCUCUUUAUUAUUAUUAUUAUUUUUUUCCUUUUCUCAUUUUGGAAUGGGGGUUGUGUUAUAUAAAAGCUGGGAGAGAAUAAUGUAAUAACUUCACCACUGCUAAUCGAGCACAAUACAAUAGUGCAAGGGAAUGGCACACAAAACAACAAGUUAGUUUCUCUACUUUAUUGUGAGAACCCAGGCUGCCAUUAAGCACAUGGAUGUUAUAUGUAUAUUUUUUUAUACUGCAUGUUUUUUUUAUGUAA